GAAUCAUGUGGUGCUAUUUUAACCAACCACUCAUGGAAAGUCAAGAAUAAAAGCAGCAACAAUAAAUGCACAACCUGCCUUUAUUUCUCUCUACAUUACAAUUCUUCAUUAGUCUUCACAACAGAACAGCAAGGUCAAAAUGUCAGAAGGGAACGAUAUACAGGUUAGUUUUGGUUUUCUUCUAUUUCCUUUCUAUGAAUAUUGCCUUAACAAAUAAGCCAAGAAAAGCCAAAGUUCCGAUUGCACGCAGAAUCCAACUGAAGAGAUUGAUGCUUGAAAUUGCAUGCAAGCAACUGGAAAAAGAGAAGAGUGAGCGAGAUACUCAGAAAAGUCAAAUGCUUAACGAGUGUGUGCCACAAUUUAACAUGUCAAGUCUUUCAAUUCAGGAACUUCAGAAUAUCUGUAAAGAAUUCCAUCAGAAGAUUGAUAGUGUUGAUGCAGAGCGCUAUGACGUUGAAGUUAAAGUGUCCAAGAAUGCCAAAGAGAUUGAAAGCUUAAACCAGAAGAUCUUAGAUCUCAAAGGCAAAUUCAAACGUCCCACCCUACGUCGGGUCAGAGUAUCUGCUGACGAAAUGCUCGGUGCUCUAGCAGAAAACACUUGCAAAACCUCCAUGGAUUUGAGAUCAAAUCUAAAAUCAGUGAGAAAGGAAGAAGAAAAGGAACACAAAUCAGUUGAAGUCCAUGACUGGCGUAAGAAUGUGGAAGCAAUGUCUGGGAUGGAAGGAAGAAAAAAGAUAUUUGAUACCGCUGCUCCUCCUCAGUAACAGAUCCACUGAUGAGAACUUGGAAAGCAGUCAGUUGUCAUUCGCAAUUUAUCAUAAUAAAUCUCAGAAAGGCAACAUUUUCAAAAUUAAAUAUCAUUUUAGAAAGUGGAUGUUACAUGCUCCGUAAAAGGAAAGUAUAUCUGAAAGACAGUAUUCCAACUGAGAUGUGGAGCCUCACUUCAAGGCUGAAUGGUAUGUUCAAUAAGAAUAAUAAGCCACUGGAUGAGUCUUCAGUGUAUGAAUUUAAGAAACAGUGAUGAAGAUGGAAAACAGAUGGUAUUAACUCUCUCAAUGCAAAUAACCAAAUCCCAAAUAAGUAUAUAUUUUCCUUUCAUAGAAAUGAACUCAUGUAGCUUUACAUUGAGGAAUGUACUAAAGUAAUGUUAGAAAAGUAUGCAGAGACAACGUAGUUUAAAAAAAAUUCCUGGAAAUAUUUUGAAAUUUGUGCUUCACAAACUGCAAAAUGACAUAAUUAAUAUGGAUUAACAACUGCUUUGGUCUUUUAGAAGAAGUUCAAAUGUUUAUAAAAUAUUCAAAUGCCCACAGUUUGAAUUUGAUUAACAAUCUAUAUAUUGGUGAUAUUUUAGUAUAAUGAUUCAGAAGUCAGCUAUAAAAGCUAAAUGUUAUUGUUAGAUUGUCAAGAUCUCAAUAAUGGCAACUGGUAAAUGAAAUAUUUAUUUUAAAAAUAUAAAAUUGCGCAGUUUUAAUAAAAGUGUAAAUAUAAUAGAUAUGAUCAUUGUAAUUUAAAAAAAGA